CCAGACCGUCAGACAGGACAGCUUCUGGGAAGAUCUGCGAACGUCAAUUUGUCAACUCUCAUAAAGCGCGCAAAUGUCACAAAAUCGACUGGACUGCAUACGUAGGUUCGCGCCAAUGAUGUCAAACAUGGGGGAAGUGGGAAAUCACACAACCACGUGACAACGUUCCGUCCAAAACCUGUCCUCCCUGCGCUCCCUCUCUUCCAUCGGCAUCCGUGAUCAUGACGCCCGCCCGCCAAGCUCGCAAGCUCUAGUCCCGUUAACCAAUGGUAUAAAUGACACAAUAAUAAUGUUGUCCGUCCGCGCUGUUUACGAUCUGUAUUUUGCGACACUCUGCAAACGCUACAAUAUCGAGUGAACUAACCGCUCUAAAGUCAACGCCCACAAAGCUUCCGCACUUUGGACUCUAUAUCACUGGGAUGUUUUCGUCUCUCAGAGUGGCGCAAAUCGUUGGGGUGUCAGGUGCGAUGUGGCUCUCAGGCAACAUUGCGACUCUGUCACUGAUCUCUAUCCCUGCACUCCAGCGUUCCGCACUGGAAGACGGCGUUUCAGCCCUUACGCUUGCAAAGCAAUGGCGCCAGAAUUUCGAGGCUGGGAAGGCACAGAAUCCACCCGUGGCCGCCGUAAUCGCGUCUGCCUUUGCGUAUCUGGCGUGGUCAGCUCGCUCGGGAAGUGCUUUCCAUAAGUUUUUCCCUCGGAACGCCACUAUUUGGUAUUCGACAGCAGCGGUCCUGACCUUGGGCAUCGUGCCAUAUACAAUACUUGCAAUGACGAAGACCAACAAUGCCUUAAUCCAGGCGAGCAAUGCGAAGCCAGGCGAAAAGGUGGAUGAUCUCGAGGCUAGGGCUUUGACAAGCAAAUGGAUCCAGUUGAACGCAGUGAGAAGCUGCCUUCCACUCGCCGGAGGUAUCGUUGCGCUCGUCGCUGCACUCGCUUGAGAUCCUCUUCGCCGAUGUUGAGUAUUACUACCCUUGUUGGCUGGAAAGCGGCUCGUCUGGGAUAUUUCAGUGCAGAAGUAGUAUCGCAGUCUACUCGAGACUCUAGUAUAUUUGUUAAUGAAGUUCGGCCUGUUGCUUAGGCUUCCUAUACUGGCUUUGAUCUAUGCAGAAACAGUGAC